GAUAUAACAUGCAUGUGCUGCACCCAGCACUCCUUAUAAAUUUCUUAUCAACACCAGAUUAGUCUUUCCCACCACACACACCACACACACCACACCUUACAAUAAUUUGCUCCAUUCUCUCUCCCUUUUGGUUCCUUUCUUCUUGCUUUCUAUCAUUUUUGUGAAUGUCGGUAUAGUGUUUGUUAAACUGCCUCAGUGAACAAGAAAGCAGAGGGGGAAAGACCCUAUUGAAAAAAAAAAAGUUGGAAGAGAGAAAAGAUUUGGUUUUAAGUAGUAGCAAAUGAAAAUGGUGGCUGAGAAGCCUAAAAUAGUGAUUAUUGGUGCAGGAAUGGCGGGUUUAACAGCUGCUCACAGACUGUACACAGCAGCUAUAGGGGUAAAAGAGUCAUUUGAGCUGUGUGUAGUUGAAGGAGGGCAAAGAAUUGGGGGAAGGAUUAAUACAACUGAGUUUGGGGGUGAUAGAAUUGAGAUGGGUGCCACUUGGAUUCAUGGGAUUUGUGGGAGUCCAGUAUAUGAAAUUGCUCAAAAAAUCAAAUCUUUAGAAUCUGAAAAAUCAUGGGAAUGUAUGGAUGAUUUGUUUGAGGAGAAAUUGUCAACUUCAGAGACUAGAGCUGAAGAUGGGUUUUUGGUUAAUCCUGCAAUAGUUGAGCCCAUUUCAUCACUUUUUCAGAAACUUAUGAGUUUUGCUCAAUCUAAAGCUGAAAAGGUUGAUGUGAGUGGGAUGCAAAUGAGCAGCAUUGGUUCAUUUCUGAAGUUGGGUCUUGAACAAUAUUGGGAUUCUAGGAAAGGGAAAGCUGAAGAUGAAGAGGAGGUGAAAAUGUUUGGCAAUUGGAGCAGGAAAAUGCUGGAAGAGGCAAUUUUUGGUGUUUUUGAGAACACCCAGAGAACAUAUACUGGUGCUGGUGAUCUGUUGAAUCUAGAUUAUGCUGCAGAAAGCGAGUACCGGAUGUUUUCUGGGGAUGAGAUAACGAUUCCGAAGGGUUAUAUAACCAUUAUUCAGUCUUUAGCUUCAGUUUUACCCCCUGGUAUGAUCCAAUUAGGCAGGAAGGUGGUCAAGAUUGAAUGGUUAGGGUCUGAAAAUUAUGAUGAUCAUAGUAGUAGUAAACCUGUGAAAUUGCAUUUUUGUGAUGGGUCAGUUAUGCAAGCUGAUCAUGUCAUUGUCACAGUUUCACUAGGAGUACUAAAAGCUGGAAUCAGUGAAGAAUCUGAAGGAGGGUUGUUUAGUCCACCACUUCCUUCUUUAAAGAAGGAAGCAAUAUUAAAACUUGGUUAUGGUGUUGUUAACAAAUUGUUCCUACAAUUAAGCCAAGAAGAGGGAAAUCUUUGUAAGAUUCCCUUUAUGAAAAUGGUUUUUCAUAGGGAAGAUUCAGAGUUUAGGCAUAAGAAGAUCCCGUGGUGGAUGAGAAAAACAGCUUCAGUAUACCCAAUUUAUAACAAUUCAAGUGUCUUGCUUUCUUGGUUUGCUGGGAAAGAAGCUCUAGAGCUCGAAUCUCUCGAUGAUGAGACGAUAAUUGAUGGGUUUUCGACAACUGUCUCGAGUUUUAUCUCAAACAUGAACCAAUUCCAGCAGAUAGGCAAUGGUAAUAUAAAUUCUAAACAAUCUGAGUUCGAGUUCGAGUUCGAGUUCAAGAAGGUCUUGACGAGCAAAUGGGGCACUGAUCCUUUGUUUAUGGGGUCAUACAGCUAUGUUGCAGUAGGAUCUAGUGGUGAUGAUUUUGACACACUGGCUCAACCACUGCCAAGAGACGGCGAUAUUGGCUCUACAACUGGUUCGCCGCCUCUUCAAAUCCUCUUUGCUGGUGAAGCAACACAUAGAACUCAUUACUCUACAACUCAUGGUGCUUAUUUCAGUGGUUUAAGGGAAGCCAAUAGGCUUCUUCAGCAUUACCACUUGGUUAAACAUAUUACCGACAUCCAGUAAAUUGCAACUUGCAAUUUUGCUACACAAUAGAGGAAAUCUACUACAUUUGUAUUUCUUGUUCUUUGUUUUUUCUUUUUUCCUAGUGAUUUAUAGGUUUUGUACAACACUGCAGUUAUGUGUUGGUGUGCACAAUUAGACAGCUUAGGUAACUCUUUAUAUGUUGAGAAUGGAUGGUGGGUUUUUCUGUUCAUUGUUACUUAGGACUCUCUAAAUUUGUAAGAGAUAAUGCAAGACAUUAGUUGUGAAAAAGAGAGGUUGGGGGCAACAUUUUAGAUGUACUAGAUGAACAACAGAAGCUUCUUUUGAAUAUUAUUACAGCUUGAUUUUGUUGCUGAGCUA